AUGUACUUGAAGAGCCUGUUUGUGCUUAUGGCAACUCCCAUGGUUCUCGGAUUCUCUCCGAGCCUUUCCCUCCAGUCUGGAAGACUUGCGAUGAAACCAUCGGCCAGCCCUCGCUCCUCCAUCUUCAGCGCUAGGCAGAGACCGAGCAGGGCAGCCGCGCUCUCCCUGCGCGCACAGCAAGGACCACGGGAGGAUGGGUUGUCACCGCUGACAGGAGGAGGAUUCAGCAACAAGGGAGAGCCUACUGUUCAGAUCCGCGGCUUCUCGCUUGCCAACUUGACUCUGGGCCUCGGAAUCUUCAUUACGCUCUUCUCCUUCUACCAGUACUUCACCAACCAGAACUCCCUCACCUCCCUUGGCUUCGUCUACGGCCUUCCCAUCGCCCUGGGAGGGUUUGCCCUCAAGUAUGCCGAGAUCCUGCCUGUGGAUGUUGACACAGACGAGAGAGGCGAGGCGAUAUUUGCAGAGAAGGCCAACGAGAUCUUGAGAAAGGUUAGGGCGGACGUGACGAGGCAUCGCUAUGGAGACGACGCUCACCUCGAUAGCUCGCUCGAGAAGCUUGGUCUGGUUGUGGAGGGCAAGGGGUUCCCCCAGAUGCAGAAGAUCGUUAUCAAGAAUGAAGGAGGCGAGCUUGCUUUCACCAUGGUGUUCCAGAGCAAGGACACUCCCUACAAGGGAAAGACCUGGGCAGAUCCAGUCCGCGUGAAGCGUUACGAGACUUUCUUUGGAGGAGACGUGAAUGCAGAGGUUAUCAAGGUCAGCAAGGAGGAGCGCCUGGUCGCUAUCAAGCUCACCACUGGAGAGCGCAAGAGAGGGAAGGGAACGAUUGAUUCCGAUACCGGAGUGUCAGCAGGAGGAGCGAUGCGCAUGGAGGCCUCUCCGCAAGAUGACAAGGAGGACAAGGUCAAGAAGCAGAUGGAGGUCUAA